AUGGUCAAUUAUAUGAACAUGCAGUUCACACACAAAUUUGGCGGUGACCGUCUGGAAUUUCUGGACGUUGAGAUUUCCGUGAGGGAGGGUGAGCUGGUGACGGAGGGUUAUCGCAAACCAACGGCCACCAACUUGCUUUUACACUAUUCUAGUUAUCACGCCCCUAGCGUUAAGAAGGCGGUGCCCUAUGGCCAGUUUGUCCGACUUAAACAGAUUAAUAGGCUCGAGGUCGAUUAUAAUCAACAAGCCCUGGAAUUAAAAAACAGGUUACUGGCCAGGGGGUACCCUCUGAAACUAUUAAACCAGGCCAUGAAAAAGGCUGCAUAUUCAAAACCCCGUAUUUCUUCCACUGAUAGUGAAAAUGCCCAAACAGAAGGGGGAGUGGCUGUUGAAGGCUCUCAUCCCUUUGUCUUCUCUUUCAAGUAUGGACCCAUGGCCUCCCAAAUCAGGAAGGUCAUUAAGGAUAACUGGUCCAUCCUUGAAAGAGACGAGUCCCUAAAGGAUAUAAAAAAUGUGGCACCCAUCAUAGCCUUCAGGAGAUGUCAUACUCUGAAGGAUAAGUUGGUCCGUAGCAGAUUUCAAGAGAAAAAACCUAUGACCUGGCUGGAGAAUUGGGGACCAAAAGGAAACCAUGGGGAAAAGAUCCAACUCGAUGACAGUGUUAUUCGAGAAUCUGUUGAAGAAGCGAAGAAGAGGGUGGAUUCGGCAUAUGUCCAGACUAGGAAAGAUUUAAAGGAACGAUCCAAAAGGGAAGCUCCAAGACUUUCAGAUAUUAUGGCAUUCUUCAAACAAGCAGUAGGAGCAGCUAGAAAUAUCAUCAGAUCAGCAGAUUACUUGGAAGUCACUCGUGGGCUCAUAAAUGAAAAGCUGAAAAUCAUCUACCCCAAUUCUUUAAAUGUUUCAGCUGCUCUAACAGAGGAACAAAAUCAAAUUAUUUCUCAACUAACUGGAUGCGCCUAUCAGUUCUUACCAAAAGUGUGUGACCCUUCACCGUACCGCAGCAUCACUGGAGAGUGUAAUAAUAGAAAACAUGCUAUUCUCGGUGCAUCCAGCACUGCGUACAAACGCCUUCUCAAGCCAGAAUACGAGGAUGGUAUAUCACUGCCACUAGGCUGGACUCAAAGCCGUCCCAUCAAUGGGUUUACUCUACCAUUGGCACGUGAAGUAUCAAAUGAAAUUGUUAAAUUAUCUACGGAAUCAUUGAAACUGGAUGACGGCCGAUCUCUUAUGUUCAUGCAAUGGGGUCAGUGGUUGGAUCAUGACCUUGACCUCUCUGUUGCUACACCAACAACUUCAUCGUUUUUGCAAAAUGUGAAUUGUGCUAAGAGCUGCGUCAACACAUACCCUUGUUUCCCUUUAAUGAUUCCACCAACCGACCCUCGAUAUGUCAAUGGCAGUGAAUGUAUAUCUAUGAUUCGUACUGCAUCAGUGUGCAGUCUGACAAGUCCCGUGCGUGAGCAGAUCAAUGGCCUGACUUCAUUCAUUGAUGGAAGCCAGGUGUAUGGAAGUGACCAGAAUAUCGCCACCUUGCUUCGAAACAAGACAAACCAACUGGGUCUUUUGGCUGUUAAUCAGAACUUCACCGACAAUGGAUUUCCUUACCUGCCUUUUAGUGGGAAUGGACCUGACCUAUGUUCUAGGACCAACCCAACAUUGGGAGUACCGUGUUUUGUGGCAGGGGAUAGCCGUUCUAACGAGCAACCCAUGCUGACGACAUUCCACACACUUUUCUUGAGAGAGCACAACCGCAUUGCUACACAGUUGCGUAAGUUAAACCCACGCUGGUCAGGAGAGACGCUAUACCAAGAAACCCGCAAGAUAAUAGGAGCAAUGCUGCAGAAAAUAACAUACAAAGAUUGGCUGCCUCUACUAUUGGGCAAUGAGAUGUCAAAAGUUCUACCUCCUUAUACAUCCUAUGACGAGGAUGAGGACCCAAGAGUAUCAAAUGUCUUCACUAUUGCCUUCAGAAUGGGUCACACGAUGGUACAGCCAUUCAUUUACAGAUUGGCAAAUAAUUUCUCUCCAUACAGCCCCGAGCCAGUUGUCCCACUUCAUGAAACAUUUUUCGCUUCGUGGAUAAUAGUGAGAAAUGGUGGAAUUGAUCCUUUACUCAGGGGUACGAUGGUCAAUAAAGCGAAACUGAACCGCCAGGAUCAGAUAAUGGUUGAUGAAUUGAGGGAACGUCUUUUUCCAGUGGUUAAUCGCAUUGGCCGUGAUCUAGCAUCUUUUAACAUACAACGGGGUAGAGACCAUGGCUUACCAGGAUACAAUGCUUGGAGAAGAUACUGUGGUCUUUCUGCACCACGCAAUGUCGAUGAAUUAGCCGCUGUGCUGAAUAAUCAGGAAGUUGCCGAAAAGCUCAUUGAUUUGUAUGGAACUCCGGAAAAUAUUGACAUCUGGGUUGGUGGAGUCUCUGAGCCCUUAGUUCCCAAUGGAAGAACUGGGCAGUUGCUAUCUUGUUUGAUUGGAAACCAGUUUCGUAGGGCUAGAAAUGGAGAUAGUUUUUUUUAUGAAAAUCUUUCGGUAUUCAGCCUGAAACAAAGAAAAUCAAUAGAAGAAGUGACACUGGCACAUAUCAUAUGUGCUAAUACCAAAAUUAAACAAGUUCCUAGAAAUGUCUUUUUGGCCAAUGAGUUCCCAGCAGAUUUCAUUGACUGUUCCAAAUUCGCAGCAAUGGACCUGAGUCCUUGGAAAGCUUAG